AUGCGUCCAAUUGAAGCUGCGAUCUACGCAACUCUACAGGUCUAUCUCCGACGCAACAUCGACCUCUACGUCGUCAGUCGGGAUGCCCUAUUAGCUAACGCCCGCUUGGUCAGUCUCGCCGACGAUAUUGAGCAGGCCGCAUACGGCCUGGUGACGGACCCUAUCCUCCGCGCUGCAUGCGAGUCCCAGGGCGCAGAUCUGACCCUGCCAGCCUCGAUCAGUGAUCCCCGGGCUGCCCCAGUGGAGUCUUCGCAAGAGCCCGCCCCAAGCGCCUCUACUUCCGACGCAAGGUCGGCCGCCGACGCGGAACCUCGGACCGUCGGCAAUUCGGGUAUAUCCACGGGCGCUCGCUCAGAUUCCACCGCGGACGCGCCCUCUCGUGCAGCUGUAGUUCCGCCUCAGUCGUCUCCUUCCCCGGUUGUUCCGCCCGCGCCUCUGCCUGCGACCGAUGGGACUGCAAUAUCGUCGGGGGCGGCUGCCUCUACCGCCGCGACUGGUGGCCGGCCGGCUGCCAUGUCGUUAAGAUCAUUUGUUCGGUCUGAACUUCCGCCGGCGCCGUCGGCACCUCAGAACCCGACGCCUCAGGAAAACCGGUUUUCUUCUAACUUUUCCCGCUUCGCGCCGCCUGAGGACCCUGUGCCCACCUCAGCGCCACCCACAUACGCAGAGGCCCUUCUUGCGCCACCUCGGGAUCCGCGGUUGGGUAGCGGAUCUUCGCGCCGUCGGCCCGCGCGCGCCUCAGCUGCGCUUCCAGCGCCGCGGCGGGCAGGAGGCCGGUCAGUUCCCGGCGGCAUUGCCGCACUUGGACCGUCGUCAACCUCCGACUCUUCGGCAGGUCCUAGUUCCGCAGCUGAGCGCCCAUCGCGCCGUCGGGUUCCUCAACAACUUUCCGCGGAGCGCGAGGUUAUAGAGCUGGACGAUGAUAGCGACGUCGUGGAAGUGGAUGGUCCGCCUGCUCCUGCCAGGAAGAGGCGUAGACUUGGACGCGGAGAUUGA